AUGGGCUCCAUUGGAGCAGCAAGUGCUGAAUUUUGUUUGGACAUAUUCAAGGAGCUGAAAGUCCAGCAUGUCAAUGAGAACAUUAUUUUCUCCCCUAUGACCAUCAUUUCAGCUCUGUCCCUGGUCUAUCUAGGUGCAAAAGAAGAUACCAGAGCUCAAAUAGAAAAGGUUGUUCCCUUUGAUAAAAUCCCAGGAUUUGGAGAGAUUGUUGAAUCUCAGUGUCCCAAAUCUGCAAGUGUCCACUCUUCAAUUCAAGACAUAUUCAACCAAAUCAUCAAACGAAGUGACAAUUACUCACUCAGCUUAGCCAGCAGACUUUAUGCUGAAGAGUCAUACCCGAUCCGACCGGAAUACUUACAAUGUGUGAAGGAACUGGAUAAAGAAGGCUUGGAAACUAUCAGCUUUCAAACAGCCGCAGAUCAAGCCAGACAGCUCAUCAACUCCUGGGUUGAAAGUCAGACAAAUGGAAUGAUCAAAAAUAUCCUUCAACCAAGCUCUGUGAAUUCCCAGACUGAAAUGGUCCUUGUCAAUGCCAUUUACUUCAGAGGACUGUGGCAGAAAGCAUUUAAGGAUGAAGACACACAGGCAGUGCCUUUCAGAAUUACUGAGCAAGAAAGCAAACCUGUGCAGAUGAUGCAACAGAUUGGUUCAUUUAAAGUGGCAGAGAUAGCUUCUGAGAAAAUGAAGAUCCUGGAGCUUCCAUAUGCCAGCGGACAGCUGAGCAUGUUGGUGCUGUUGCCUGAUGAUGUCUCUGGCCUGGAGAAGCUUGAGUCUUCAAUCACCGUUGAAAAACUCAUAGAGUGGACCAGUUCUAAUUUGACAGAAGAGAGGAAUGUGAAAGUGUACCUCCCUCGCCUGAAGAUUGAGGAAAAAUAUAACCUCACAUCUGUCUUAGCGGCCUUGGGUAUAACUGACCUCUUCAGCUCCUCAGCCAAUCUCUCUGGCAUCUCUACAGCAGAGAGCCUGAAGUUGUCUCGUGCUGUCCAUGAGUCAUUUGUGGAAAUCCAGGAAGCAGGCCAUGAGGUGGAAGGCCCAAAAGAAGCUGGGAUAGAGGUUACAAGUGCCCUAGAUGAGUUUAGGGUUGACCGCCCUUUCCUCUUCGUGACCAAGCACAACCCAACCAACAGCAUCCUUUUCUUAGGCAGAUGCUUGUCCCCAUAA